AUGGUAAGUGGACAACCGCGUCUUGAUAUAAAGCGAUUAAAAGCCGCUAAGAAUUUAUCCGUUGAUAAAUCCGAAGUUACUUCUAGAUAUUUCUUGACAACUUCUGAGGACACUGAACCUGGUGAGAUUGAGGUGUCUGCCGCGAAAUUCCAAGCAACUUUUGAUGCGUUUGUUGAAUUCUCUCCCGUUAGUAAAUCUACGGAUACGCCAGUAAAGAAUCCGAAACCUUGUGACGGUCAACAUAAUUUGACUUUACCACCCUGCGACGUAGAAAUGUUUGAAGGCGAUUACCUUUCAUGGCCCGCCUUUCGGGAUCUGUUUACAGCCUUAUAUAUAAAUAGCUCACGUCUUACUGACAUUGAAAGGUUAUGUCACUUGCUACGUAAGACUAGUGGCGACGCAAAGAAAAUUGUGUCACAAUGUCCGCUUUCAGAUAAAGGGUUUCAAAUGGCUUGGCAAGAAUUAAAGGCAGCAUAUGAGAAUCCGCGUAUGUUGGUUAAUAACCAAUUAAAAGCGCUUUUUAGUCUUCCAGUCUUGGAAAAAGAGUCUUUCACAGGCCUCAAAGAUUUACAAGGAGGCAUUAAUAGUUGUUUGAAAGCGUUGUCGGAGUAUGAAGUGCCGACAGAAAAUUGGGAUCCCAUUCUUGUCCUUUUAUGCGUGCAGCGUAUUCCUGAUUGCACUGUGACCUUAUGGGAACAGAGCAUUAAGAAUAAAUUUGCUUUAUCACGCUGGAAAGAUAUGAAUGCUUUUCUUACCGAAAGGAUCCAAACUUUAGAAUGUCUUCGUGAUAUUCGAGAAACGCCUCAGACAAAGAAGUCUACGACACAAAAGGUAAAGACUCAUCAUGCUCAACCGGCAUCCAAUUCUCAUAUUUGUGUUCUAUGUAAGCAUCAAAGCCAUUUUCUGCGUGAUUGCAAGCGUUUUAAAAAUCUUUCAGUUUCGGAAAGAUAUUCUACGAUUAGGAAACAUCAUUGUUGUCUUAAUUGCAUAUCACGAACACAUGAGGUUAAGAACUGUACAAGUGCUCAUAGCUGUUCAGUAUACAAGAAAAGACAUAAUACCUUGCUCCAUAGAAAUUCUUCAUCAUCGGAUGAAGCGAAUGCUAGUUCCAAUACAGUCACGAGUUCUGGUGUGGCUACGCCACCCACUCACUCUAGGUCUGUGGAAUCUUCAGCACCUACUUCCAACAACAGAAAGUAG